UAAUUCAAUUACGGAUUCUGUCGAACACACGCACACUCAGACGAUAGAGGCCGAUAUUGGAUAUGGUUUUCGUACGUGAUCCCUGUGGCAUUAUCUGCCUGAUUGUUACCUACGGCGCCAUUAUCUAUGCAGAUUACGUGGUUAUUUACUGGAUAAUACCGGCGACAAUGCCACUGAGCAUUGGGGCCUUCAAUGUUGCGCUCUAUAAUACGGUUAUCUUCCUGCUAGGCAUGUCGCAUUGGAGAGCAGCCUUCUCAGAUCCGGGCUUUGUACCACUGCCCACCAAGCGGCUUGACUUCUCCGAUUUACACUCUGGCGCUGACCAAGGGGGCGAAUGGACUUUGUGCACACUCUGCGAGAUUUAUAGGCCGCCACGGGCCCAUCAUUGUACCACAUGCCAGCGAUGCAUAUGUCGCGCUGAUCAUCAUUGUCCGUGCAUAAACAAUUGUGUGGGCGAGUGCAAUCAGAAGUACUUUCUACAGUUUCUCUUCUAUGUGGGCAUUCUCUGUCUCUACUCCGUGACGCUGGUACUCGUCUCUUGGAUAUUUCCGUGCGCGGGAUGCAGUAAGAGUUUACUUGAGAGCCAAUUGAUGCAUACCAUAGUUUUGCUGAUGGAAUCGACGCUGUUUGGUCUGUUUGUGACUCUCGUUAUGCUGGAUCAGCUGAGUGUCAUACUGUACGAUGAGACUGUGCUCGCGGCGAGGGAGCAAAACGGUGCAUAUUGGUCAAAACGUCGUAGAUAUCAAUUGUUGGCGCAAGUAUUUGGCCCAGGGCAUCCGAUGCUUUGGCUUCUGCCCCGCGCUAGCCUAAAAGACGCCACACGCUAUCACGACGCGGCUCUGCUCAACCACGAAGUGUAGUGUUCUACAAAUCCUUGAUCUAUUAUGUUUCCUUCUGAUGGUCCCAAGGGGCCGCCAAAAUCAAUACAUGUGCGUAUCUUCGACUAUAUUUCGCUGCCCAGGCCCUCGACGCUGAUUGUGAGCUGUUGGAGCGCCUGUCUGGCUACACUGCACAAGAUGCCCUCCUGGGAGCUCUGAUCCU